GUGUGUGUGCGUGCGCAGCGUCGGUGUAAACUGGGGAGAAAACAGGACAGAAAACGGACGCACCGAUAAAAUCCCUACAGAAAUGGACGGCAUCAGUGAUGUUGCAGUUGGAGUGAAGAGAGGAUCAGACGAGCUGAGUAUGUACAACAGUCCCAACUCUGGCAUGAGCAGUAUCAGUGAUGGGGCUUCCAAUGGCAGUGACAGUAAAAAGCAGAAGGUGGAGGAGGCCCCACCUUCUCGCGUGCUCCACAUCCGAAAGCUACCCAACGAGGCCUCAGAGACAGAAGUCAUCGCCCUCGGGUUACCUUUUGGCAAAGUUACCAACAUCCUCACACUGAAGGGGAAGAACCAGGCAUUCUUAGAGAUGGGCACGGAGGAGGCAGCCAUCACCAUGGUGAACUACUACACCACAGUAACUCCUCACAUCCGCAACGUUCCCGUCUUCAUUCAGUACUCCAAUCACAAAGAACUCAAAACUGAUGCUGGAAAUCAGCGGACCCAGGCGGUGUUACAGGCGGUGUCAGCGGUCCAGUCCGGCGGCUCACCUAGCUCAGACGUACAGGAGGCUCUGGCUGCAGCCUCCAGUCCUGUGCUGAGGAUCAUCAUCGACAACAUGUUCUACCCUGUAACACUGGACGUACUGCAACAGAUUUUCUCCAAGUUUGGCACAGUCAUGAAGAUAAUCACAUUUACCAAGAACAAUCAGUUCCAGGCUCUUCUGCAGUUCAGUGAUCCUGUCAAUGCACAGCAGGCCAAGCUGGCUCUGGAUGGUCAGAACAUCUACAACUCAUGCUGCACGCUGCGUAUCGACUUCUCCAAGCUGGUCAACCUAAAUGUCAAAUACAACAACGACAAGAGCCGCGACUACACGCGACCCGAGCUGCCAGCCGGAGACGGCCAGCCCAGCCUCGACUCCACAGUGGCCGCAGCCUUCAGCAAAGACUCCAACUCCCUCCUCGGUAAGAUCCCAGGAGCCCUGAACCCACUGAGCGCGGCGGCGGCAGCUGCUGCUGCUGCAGGGAGGGUGGCCCUCGCUGGACAGGCGGGAUCUAGUGGGGUGCUUUUGGUCAGCAACCUCAACGAGGAGAUGGUUACGCCCCAAAGUCUGUUUACCCUCUUCGGAGUCUACGGUGAUGUCCAGAGGGUGAAGAUCCUUUACAAUAAGAAGGACAGCGCUCUCAUUCAGAUGUCAGACGCCAACCAGGCUCAGCUAGCUAUGAGCCACCUGAACGGCCAGAAGAUGUACGGGAAGAUCAUCCGGGUGACGCUGUCCAAGCACCAGACGGUGGCGCUGCCUCGCGACGGCCUGGACGACCAGGGCCUGACCAAGGACUUCGCCAAUUCCCCGCUCCACCGCUUCAAGAAACCCGGAUCCAAAAACUUUCAGAACAUCUUUCCACCAUCUGCCACACUGCACCUCUCCAACAUCCCACAAGAUGUGACGGAGGAUGACCUGCGGCUGCUCUUCUCCAAUGCUGGAGGCACUGUGAAAGCAUUCAAGUUUUUCCAGGAUCGUAAAAUGUCUUUGAUCCAGAUGUCGACAGUGGAGGAGGCGAUCCAGGCCUUGAUCGACCUUCACAAUUACAACAUGGGCGGCAGCCAGCACCUGAGAGUCUCCUUCUCCAAGUCCACCAUUUAAGAAUGUGACCCACAAACCAGAGUUUAGCGUGUGGGAGCUGGCCGUGAGCAGCCUUUCAGACUGUGUCUGGACACUGGGGGACGUGGGGGGGGGACCACAUCGAUUGAAUCAGUUUUGUUGUUGGGGUUUUGUUGAUCCUGUCAUUCCUUGAGAGAGACUGAAACCUUUGACUUGCAUCCUGUUUUUUU